AUGCCUCGUCCACCACGCAGAGUCCCGUCGAAGAAGACCACCGCGUCUGCGGCACGGGUGGUUAAACCGGCUGCGAAGACUACUGCUGCUUCUACACGUCCGCCUACCUCUGGCAAGCGUAAAUCCACGGACUCUACACGACCGGCUCGUAAAACUUCUGUGGAGGCUUCUGAGGAUAAUACCGUCAAGCCUCCAGCAUUGAAGAAGCGACGUGUUGCUGGCGGUGUCGUUAAGAAUGGCUCUUCAGCACCUCACCUUGUAGCUCGAAAGAAGAAGAUCCUCCUUGAGGAUAUUGAUACCAAAUGGGUCAACCUCUCCGAAUCAUCGGUUGCUGAGCUAUCCAAGCUUCUGCGCGAUGUUGGACGCGCUGUCCUUUCAGACAUGCCGUUGAAGUCGGCUUCCAAACGCGAAGAGGCACAAAAGACACUCGAAAAAUCUUAUCAGAGGUUUGAGCGAAGUCUCGCCAAAGUCAAGAUCCCUCCCGGGUCAUCCGAAAAGGUCUUCAACAAUGAAUGGCUUAUAAACGAAGAGGCAAGAAUCAAUGCCCUCAUACAGCCAGAAGCAAGGCAGAUCAAUAUGCUUCAAAAAGAGCUCGCAAAGCAAAGACGUCUUUUAGAGACCGAGGAGCGUCAGCUCCUUACUCUUCAAAAGAAUGCCAAGGCAGAAAAGGAAGUCAGGAGGCAAAAAGCCCUCAAGUUCAUCCCGGCCCUCAAGGCGCCUCCGAUGGAUCCGGACCAGCUGCAACUAGAGAUCGAUAAGAUUCGUCUUAAUAGCGACAAAUCCGAGAGCGAUUUUACAAUUGCGCGGGAUCUAUUGAAGGAUGAUGAAGGACUUUUGCCGACUAUGACACAGUUGGAGAAACAUUUGACUUCGAUUGCGAAGAAUAGGCAGGCUCUUGGGGCGAUUCCGGAGUGGAUCCAGAGUACCAGAGCUGCGGUUGAUGAUGUGCUUUAUAAUUUGAAAGGCGAUCGGUAUGCGGAUUUGAUGGAUUUGAGCGUAUAA